AUGUAGUCAUGCAGUCAUGCUUCAAUUGCUAUUGCUUCAGAAAAAAAAUUACAAUUAACCUAACCUCUCUACCAUUAGUAAUAAACAUAUGAGAAUGAUUAUUUCCAAUAAUUUCUGAACAAUAUAAGCAAAAAUGAAAAAGUUGGCUGGCUCAUUUCGUUACACGCAGUGGGAUCCUUGGCUUAUAAUUGCUCAAAUAAUAUCAGUUCAAUGCAUUUUGUACUUUACACUAGGAUUAAUUUUGGCUAUGUUGGGACAAUUAGUGGGAGACAAUAGAAACUUAGAUCAUAUUUUUGAAUACCAUGAAAUUCACGUAAGGGACUUUGGUGGAAAAAUCGUUAUUUCGUCUUUCGUUGUUAACUCUUUGAUAGGGGCCGUUGUGUUAUGGUUAGUUGUAGAACGUACAAAACAAUGUUUGGAUUUUAGUUGUACAUGGCAUAUUAUUCACCUGUUAAUAUGUUGGUUUUAUAAUGGACAAUUUCCUACAACUUUCUCAUGGUGGGCUUUGAAUUUAGCCUGUGUGACGCUCAUGUGUGUAGGUGGUGAAUUUUUAUGCUUAAAAUCGGAACUGCAGGCCAUUCCUUUAAGUUUAGGACCCAAAACCGAUUUGUAGUGCUUCUUUCAAACAUAAAACGAUAAAUAAUGUGAUAGAUUUUAAAUUUUGUUGUAAUUUAAUAAUAAGUUUAAAAGAUGUGUUGGUGUGAGAAUGCAUAAAAUUAUUUAUGGUGUGUAUGAUUAAAUUAAAUUUAUUUUUAUUACUA